GCGAGUGUAGAAACAAGGAGGUGGUUUUAAUGUUAUGGCUGAUCCGUGGAGUUCCUCCACACCACAUAUAUAACUACCUCUUUGUAGACCUUUGUGCACUGAGGCACUAUAAAUGUUUACCUUUACGAUGCCACACAGGGUAAUUCCUUAUUCCAAAGAAAUGAACUUAGUACCUCAGUCUGAAUUAGUCAGUCACCGGUGGGUGUGAUAAAGAAAAUGUCAACAAGCUGUUAUUCUGAAGUGAGGAGAUAAGAAAAAAGCUGGCAUUGAGGAAGAUCUAAGUGAUGGAAAUGGAUUUUAAAGGUGUACCGGUGCAUGCUGGAGAUACAAACAUCCCUUUACUGGCACUCGUCCUGUUGGGCAGACGAAAUGCAGGGAAAAGCUCGGCGGGAAAUACCAUCCUAGGAAGAAGGGCUUUCGAGUCUGGUAAGAAGACCAGCCAGUGCGCAAAAAGACACGGCUGGGUAGGCGGGACGAGACUGGCCGUUGUGGACACCCCCGGCUGGAGCACGUUUGGUUUAGCCGAUGCUCAGCGGGUCAGACAGGAGAUCCUCCGCAGUCUGAUGAUGUGUCUGCCAGGCUAUCAGCAGACUUUUCUGCUGGUCAUCCCAGUGGAUGCUUUCAGGAGCAGAGAUCAGCGGGCGGUGGAGGAAUACAUGAGCAUUCUGGAGCAUGCUUGGAAACACACUGUGGUGCUUUUUACCUGGGGUAAUGAGCUGAAAGGGAAGAGCAUUCAAGAACACAUUAAGAGGAGUGGAAAGCCUCUCCAGAUGAUUCUAGAGAAAUGUGACUAUAGGUAUCGUGUGUUUGACAAUAAAAUAAGUGAUGAUGAUUCCCAAGUGAGACUCGUUCAGACUCCUUUCAAAUGA